UCAACUUUUGUUUCUUCUGGUGGUGAGGGAAGUAGCCACGUCACUCACCAUCCACCUUUCUUCCUUUCUUCUCAACUCCCCUCUGCUAUUACACUUACCAUUGCAAUCGCAAGCAUUCAAAAAUGCGAGUGAAGUUCAUUGACUUUCGACGAGAAUAACAAAAUCACAAACACACAAAAAUGACAAGAAUCUGGAAUCUUCUAUUCAAAUCGAAACGACUCGCUGCAUUUUCAAGCCCAGCCUCCAAGUUCCGCGUCAAUGAGCUUCGCUCUUAUUGCGAUCAAUCGCACCUUCGUCCAGGGCCGCUUGUGAAGUACCGAAGUCUAGUUGAUCAAGGGAAGUUGCAGCAUGAUCCUUACCAAGAGAGUGUUGCUUCGGAGCUUGAGAAUUUGCUUGCAAGGUUGGAGCAGUAUGAGAAAGAUAUGGAAGAGUAUCAUGUGAAUUUAGCUAAUUGGGAGAAGCAGCGGGAGGAUGAGCGCCGAAGGCUUCUCAUGGAGGAAGUUGAGCGGCAGCAGAAGGAUGAGGACUGGUUGAAGCGGUUGAACAAUAAGCUUACUGAAAGAUGGGAAUCCCGGAGAAGACCAACAAAUAUGGAGCCAGGGGUAGGGAAAUGGGUAUCAUAUCUAAAACGUGAGAAGAAGUUGGAUUCACUAGUUGGUGGUCGUCCAACUGCUCCUCCAGCUCCUAAAGGAAUUUACAUAUAUGGCAAUGUCGGCAGUGGGAAGACAAUGCUGAUGGACAUGUUUUAUAGUGCCACUGAAGGAAUUGUCAAAUAUCGAAGAAGGUAUCACUUUCAUGAGGCCAUGCUUAGAAUUAAUGAACAUAUGCACAAGAUAUGGAAGAACCAAACGGAAGAGAAGCCUUUGCAAUCAACCAUUGCUGGUUGGAUCAGGAGUCUUCCUUUUGACACCAAAGCUAAGGAGUGGCUGGCUGCUGAAGAAAGAUACAAGCAAGAGAUACAGAUGAAAAACAUUCUUCCUGCUGUAGCAGAUAAGUUUUUCUUGGAUGGAGAAGAGAAUGAAAAGGGAGCUAGCAUUUUGUGCUUCGAUGAGAUACAGACUGUUGAUGUAUUUGCUAUUGUGGCUUUAUCUGGAAUUCUAAGCAGAUUGCUGAGUAGUGGAACUAUAAUUGUGGCUACCAGUAAUCGAGCACCAAAGGACCUAAAUGAGGCGGGUAUGCAAAAAGAAAUCUUCCAAAAUCUGGUCUCUAAAUUGGAAGAACAUUGUGAGAAGGUAUUGGUAGGGAGUGAAAUUGACUAUCGUCGUUUUAUUGCACAAAAAUCAGAAAACAAGGUGCAAUAUUUCUCGCCUAUUGAAACAGAAGCAAUCAAUGAAUUUGAGAAGAAGUGGCAUGAUGUAACAGGCAGAUUAGGAGGAAGAAUAAUCUCCCACACCAUCUCAGUGAUGUUUGGAAGGACACUUGAGGUUCCUGAAAGCUGUGGUGGAGUUUCACGUUUUACAUUUGACUAUCUCUGCGGCCGUCCGAGGGAAUGGAGGUCUUGGAGGACAGAUCUAGAUUAUGUAAUUCCUUAUUUUCUACUGGGUGCAGCAGAUUAUAUUGCAGUGGCUGAAAACUUUCACACUGUUUUCAUAUCUGAUAUUCCAGUAAUGAGUAUGCGAAUCCGUGACAAGGCACGGAGAUUUAUCACCCUUAUUGAUGAGUUAUACAAUCAUCAUUGCUGCCUGUGUUGUUUGGCAUCCACAUCAAUUGAUGAAUUAUUUCAAGGAACUGAGGAGGGAACACUUUUUGACUUGGAAAGUUUCCAGUUUGAAACAGAGACUGAAGGUGGGAAACUUCGCCGCAAUGUCUUGGCAGAAGGCAGGGUGGGCUCAGGAGGAGCCCCUUCUGGUAUCACAUCCAUACUAUCUGGUCAAGAAGAAAUGUUUGCUUUUCACAGAGCUGUCUCACGCCUGAUUGAAAUGCAGACGCCAUUAUACUUGGAUGGAGUCAGUAAUUUCCACCCUUAUUUUCAGAGACAGCAUGAAAAGUUACAACAAUUGUGACAGCUUACAUUCUGAACCAUCAAUCUGAAAAUAAUCGGUCAACAUAAAUAAGCGCCAUAGACUAGACGAGUGAUCAAGUUUGUGACGGUAUUGAUUCUUUAUUCCUUACAGCUAUAUCCUCAAAAAUGUUGCACUCAUGAUAAAUAUGUACUGUUGAAGAAGUUCUAAAUGUACUUCUGAAAAUGCAAUUCUAAUUGUAGUUAUUUUUCUCAAA